AUGAGACAACAAUUCAACGGGCAUGUUGAGAAGGGAGUGAGUCGUGAGCCAUUGACAGGAAUUGAAGUGUAUGAGAAAAGUAAAAAUUUUAAGACAAUCUUUGGUAAGAUGCACAGAGAGAAACCGAAGAAGGGGAAGAUAAAGGAUGGUGAUAAUGUGCUUAGAGACAUGAAGGAAGCCAAAAUUCGACCUAAGUUAUGGCCUGAGGAUGAAGCAACGAAAAAAGCAUUUUUGCCCCAUGCGUGUUAUAUAUUGUCUAGAGAAGAAAAAAGGAUCUUUUGUGAGUGUUUGAAAGGAAUCAAGGUGCCGACAGGGUAUUCGUCGAACAUAAGGCGUUUUGUUUCUACUACUGAUAAGAAAGUUGUUGGUAUGAAGUCCCAUGAUUGUCAUGUGAUAGAUCCAAAAACACUUGACGAUAUGGAAUAUGAUAUUGUUGAAACAUUAUGCAAAUUCGAGAUGCAUUUUCCUCCUUCCUUUUUUGACAUAAUGACUCACCUUGUUAUGCACUUUCCUCGUGAGAUAAAGGAGUGUGGUCCUGUAUUUAUGCGUUGGAUGUACCCUUAUGAGAGGCAAAUGGGUACUUUAGCAGAUAAGGCAAAGAACAGAGCAAAUCCUGAAGGGAGCAUCGUGAAAGGGUUCAUAUCAGAAAAAGCAGGGAAAUAUUGUUCAGUGUUUUUAGCUAAGGUUAAAGAAAUUGGGAUUCCGACUUCUCGUCACGAGGGAAGACUUCAAGGAAAGGGUAAAGUAGGUCGGAAAUUGGUUAAACCUCCACUUGAUCGAUAUAAGAAAGCCCACCGAUUUGUGCUACAAAACCUAUCUGCAGUUCAUCCAUAUAUUGAAAAACAUCUUCAUGAGUUGAAAAUUCACAAUCCCAGGAUCAGCUCCUAUGCGUUGAUGCAGGAGCAUAAUCGCCACUAUGUUGAUGUGCAACAAAAUAGUGGUGUUGUCGUGGUUGCAUCUUCUACUGAAUACUCAAGUUCUAGGGAUACAAGGCCAGUUGAAGCUAUACAGGCAUAUUACGGUGUCAUUCAAGAAAUCUGGGAGUUGGAUUAUGUUGAUUUCACAAGUCCUUUAUUUCGUUGCACAUGGGCUGAUAACCGUCGUGGUAUGAAAACCAAUGAGUUAUUUGGAUUCACCUUGGUUGACUCUAGUCAUUACACUGAUGGUGAAGAGCCUUUUGUAUUAGCCUCACAAUCGAAACAAGUAUUCUACAUCAAGGAUAAUAUAGAUCCGCAAUGGCAUGUUGUAGUUGAAGGGGAAGAUAUUGUUGAUGAUGUAGAGUAUGAUCGUGAUGAAGGGUUAGUGGUUCCUAUAACUACAACCAAGAGGCAUACUACAAUGGAAGAAAACAUAGAUGAUCAUGAUGGACAGGAACAAUCUGGUGACAUGGAUGCCUCCACUUCCCAAUGGGAAUCUGCUUAUGGGAAGCAAAUUGUUAAUUGUGCUCAAAGAGUUAACAUUAAAGUGAAGGGAUAUCCGAAGUAUGAUAAAGUUCAAAAGCAAAACUUGUGGGAGAAGAGUAAGGUAAUUAAGAUAUAA